GACACUGAAAAUCAGACUCGGACUGGGUGACCGAGGAAUGAGCAACUCAGAGAGCUCCUUCCAUUGUGACAAUCACCAUCCAUCGAAUUCACCUUUCUGUCCAAUUCAACCCACAAUCAACCUCGUUCAGCACAAUGCACCCGGUGGUUAUGCCACUCAGAGAACCAACUACCUGGUCAAUCCUUUGAGACGGCAUAUAUCUGCCACCGACAUAAUUCACAAUCUAUCCGCGAUCUGCUCUCAACAGCUUGGCCUGUAACCGUUGGGUAGCCUGACGACGUUCCUUCGGUCAUCUAAUAAAGCCCCCCUAGCCUCAUCUCGCGGCCAUUCUCAUCGCCCAAGAAAAACUUACAGAUUACCGGGACCCCAACGCAGCACCACUUCCCCUUCAUGUUGCAUCACACCGAAUGAAGUAUAACUGUUUUGGAUGAAGCUGUUCACCAUGCCUGGACUUAAGGCCUGGAUAUCAGGCGCAAAGUCUGACAAAUGCCUAUCAACUGAUGGGUCGAUUUUGCAAACUCAGAGGCCAGACCCGGCGGCGUAUCGAGAAGUUGCUCGGGGACAGGGGACCAAGGGCAUUGCAUCAGCUGCGACUGUAACGCCUAGAAAGCGAGCUCGGCUCGGAGAUGUGGUGCAAAUCAAGGUUGAGGAAGAUGAGGACGAGAUUUUUCCUACCGAGAUCUUGAGACCGCCUGCGGCAAAAAGACGGCGACUUAUCGGAGGAAAACAGGGGAAUACAUCGAUGAAUAUAUCGCCUUCAAAACUCCCCACACCCCCGAGCAGCAAGCUUCGAGAGAAGGCCGUCUCGAAUUUCAUCAACCAGCAGACAGUUUCCUUGGUCUGCCCUUUGGAUGAGACGCCCCUGACGCCAAAGUCCGCCGCUCCCACAGAGCGCAAUGGUGCUCGAAGCUCUUCGUCACCGACCGAAGCAAAGUCAGCCGCUCGUGCAGACGCAGAUCAUAGCGAAGAGGAAGAGAGCAUUCGCGAUUCUAUCGAGGAUGACAUGGAAUAUGAGAAGCACUCAUCGGAUCCCCGCCUUCGACAACUGCACGACAUCGUGAAGCACAAGAGGCUGGGCCUUUCUCACGCUGCCAAACAUGACAAUGACGAAGAGCUCUCCGUUUCCAAUGAUCCGCAAUACUCUGACUAUGAAACCAGUGUCGGUCUUGAGUUGUCUGAUGACGAUGACAUUCCCGCUUCUACGAAAGGCCGUUCUCUGAAAGGGACAUCCUCCAAGUCAGAUGAGGGUUCAACAACUUCUGAGCAAGGCGAAUCAACGAAGUCCGCGUCUUCCGCAGAAUUUGCCCCGGAAAUGGAAGACAGCGCGGAGUCCGAACAAGGAAACAUCAAGCCCGAAACAAAUACUAACUGGCGCGAAGAACAGAUCCUUCUCAACGGUAUCCUGAAUGCUCUGGAUAAGUAUACGUUGAUGCCGUCUACAUGGGCCAUGCACUUUAGAGGCAUCCCACUCCCACCGGAUCUGUUCUACCACAAGGUGAACAAGGUUAGUUCUCGACCAAGAGUCUAUGCGCACACAGACAAAUACGAGUUCAGAGGUGCUCUGCAUUUGCGUAAAAUCGCGGAUGUUCAAGCCCGUAUCCGAGAUCUUCGUGAGACUCAGAGGAAAAUCAGUAAAGAUCGCUCGAAGGCCAAAGAAGCGCAGCGGGCCGAACAAUCCGCAAUUACCCAAGAAAUUCUCAAAAAAUUGAGGCAUGUGCUAGAAGAGACAGUCCACUGGUCGAGGCAAGACGGAGGCCUGGGAAAAUUCGGGGACGCACUUCUCCCUAAUAUUCUCGUCAUCGAGAAGUUGCAUGAAGCGACAACCUCCGACGAGCUGCUUCAACCGAUGCAUGACUUGGCGGAGCAGUGGCGCGCCCGGAUGACGCAGUUAGUAUCCAAGUUGGCGUCCAAGUCAAGUACAGACCAUAGUCCACAAGCACCAGUAAUCUACGGGCUCCUUGUCAUCAACCAUCUUCUGUACAUCGUCAGCAUCGACGCGUCGAAUCCGCAAGCAUCUGUCGGCUCUGUCAAUCUUUUGCUGAAGACAAAUAUGGGUGAGCAAAAGCAGCAACAGUGGAACGCAUUGGCCAUUAUGGUGACGGUCUGCUGGGCGCGUGAUAAGUUGAUGGCUACUGCUCAGGAGAUGAAGCUGGACGAGCGGGACAAGGAGACGGAAAGCGACCCGGAUGCCUGAGCCAUGCGGAUCCAGGACGCAACAUGAGGGUUAUGCAUUAUUUUGAUACGAUGGUUACGCAACGAUACGACACUUGCAAAUAGACAAGGACAACUUGCUGGGAAUGGAGCUGCUGCUUUUUCAGAUGAUACCACGAGAGCAAAACGAGUAUGGGUGUUUUGGCCAGCACGUAAAGCGUGUAAUGACCUAUCAAAUUUCAGUCGAGAGCAAGAUCGAGAGCAAAAUCAAGAGCAAGAAAUAUUCGACACUUAGUUAGUCAUUAUCUCUUAUAACUUGUCCUCUGUAAGAUGAUUGUACCAUUGGCAGCAGUAUAAAAAGUGGGCUCCAAUGUGAAGCGACUUAUUAUAAACCUCAGUCAUUAGAUCGGCCCUUCCAGGCGCCGACUUGGUGCAUGGCAACUCAAAAUGCCCC